CGAGCAACUUGGAAAACAAGUUAGUCUUCUUGUUUAUAUUGUUGUUAUAAUAAUUUAUAGAAGCAACCAUCGCUUCUUUUAUUCUUUAUUUUAAAGUAAUAUCACUGCCGGUCUAUUAUUUAUAUUGAUCUAAUUCUAGUUUUCUUGCCGGUUCGCGGUUUUGUACGAUUACAUCAUUCGAGCAACACGUGUGACCACUUGUUAUGUCAUUAUAUUGUAACACCUGUAGAGUAUAAGUGUCUCUUAAAACAAAAAAAAACAAUUUACGCAACCGCGUCUCUUUGUCUCUCCUUUGCAUAAAUUAUACAUAUUGUCAUUUGUUUAAAAUUUAUCUCGUUUAUCGGGACAAGAAAAACUUCGCGGUAACGCGAUUAUUAAUUAACAUGUUGUACUUCAACAGGUUUUGUUAUCUGUAAUUCUCGUUCAAUGCUAUACUGAUAAACACCGUUAAAGUCACGUUAAAAAAUCUAGCACACAGUUAGACCGGGAGAUACGGGGAAACAAGUUUUUCCAGCGCUUCGCGCGAGGAGAGAUCUCUUUCCCUCUCUUCCUCUUCAACGAUCGCUCCCCGCGAUAUUCGCGCGGCCAUCAACAGCUGGCCAACAGCCAAGUCGGUGACAGUUGGUACGUGUCACUUGAUUCGCGUGCGCGUAUUGCGGUCGACGGUAUCUGCGUUUCGCGAGGUGUUGAUCGGAGAACGAUAAACAUCUCGUCAAAAAUCGCGUGCAUUAUGCCAAGUAUGAUAAAGUGACGUUAUCGCACCGUGAAGUCCGGGCCGAAGAAGUGAGGUUAAGUUCCCGUGAGAGAGAGAUAGAGAGAAGAGCCGGUCCGAAUUUUUUCUGCGACAUGAUUUCUCCGCGAAGAUGAGACGGAACGUGAUCAGCCUGGUCAAGUUUACCCUGCUGGCGGCAUUCACGGUGUUCCUCACCGUGGUGGUGUUCCGUUACGUGCGCGCGCCACCCAAUCGUCACAUCUCGACGUCGCUCGACGUCCUCGCGGGAAUUGCCGCCGGUCAGCGGAGGGACAACAACCGGGAAAGCAACGAACAUUCGGACCAGGAUAUAAACGACAAAAUCGACUGGCACGACCAGAGGAAGAUCGAGGAAGAAGAGAAGCGGUCUGGGAUUGGAGAGCGCGGAAAGCCAGCCUUUCUCUCUCCGUCCUUGGACGCGUUGAAAGAGAAGCUGUAUCAAGUUAACGGAUUCAAUGCCGCGCUCAGUGACGAAAUUUCGUUAAAUCGUUCGGUGCCUGACAUCCGUCAUCCGGAAUGCAGGAAGAGAAAGUAUUUGAGGAACCUAGAUCCCGUUUCUGUGAUAGUGUCUUUCCACAAUGAACACUUCAGCACGCUGUUGCGAACCUGCUGGAGUGUGAUCAAUCGUUCACCGCCUUCUCUUCUAGAGGAGAUCAUACUGGUCGACGACGCCAGCACGAAGGUGGAGUUGAAAAAGAAGCUAGACGACUACGUCGCCCAAAAUUUGUCAAAAGUGUCCAUUGUACGACUGCCAAGACGUUCGGGAUUGAUCAGGGGUCGAUUGGCGGGCGCGAAAAAAGCCCGAGCGAAGGUUCUCGUAUUCCUGGACUCUCACAGCGAGGCCAACGUGAACUGGUUGCCGCCGCUGUUAGAGCCGAUCGCCCAGGAUUAUAGAACUUGCGUUUGUCCGUUUAUUGACGUGAUAGCUUACGAAACUUUUGAGUACAGGGCGCAGGACGAAGGCGCACGCGGAGCGUUCGAUUGGGAGUUGUACUACAAGCGACUGCCGUUGUUACCCGAGGAUCUGAAGAAACCUGCCGAGCCGUUCAAAAGCCCGAUAAUGGCGGGCGGUCUGUUUGCCAUUAGCGCCAAGUUCUUCUGGGAACUAGGCGGCUACGAUCCGGGUCUGGAUAUUUGGGGCGGCGAGCAGUACGAACUGUCCUUCAAGAUCUGGCAAUGCGGCGGACAGAUGUUCGACGCGCCCUGUUCAAGAGUCGGUCACAUUUAUCGAAAAUUCCCGCCGUUUCCCAAUCCAGGUCGCGGCGAUUUUCUGGGCAAGAAUUACAAGAGAGUCGCCGAGGUCUGGAUGGACGAGUACAAAGAAUACAUCUACAAGAGACGGCCGCACUUGCGAACUCUUGAUCCGGGCAAUUUGUCAGAACAGAAGGCUCUGCGUGCGAAAUUGCACUGCAAACCGUUCCACUGGUUCAUCGAAAACAUAGCGUUCGACCUCGUGGAAGUCUAUCCGCCGAUCGAACCGGACGAUUUUGCCUACGGCGAGAUCAGAAACAUGGGGGCGACCGAGCUGUGCCUGGACUCGAAGAGACGCAAGAGAGACGAGCUCGUCGUGGUGGACAUUUGCACGAAGGAUGACCCGAAGGUAGCCGGCGAGCAAGAGUUCCGGCUGACCUGGCACAAGGACAUCCGGCCUAAGGAUCGCACGGACUGCCUCGACGUAUCCAGAGGGGAUGAGAAAGCGCCGGUGAGCCUGUAUCCUUGCCACGGGAAACAGGGCAAUCAACUGUGGCGUUACGACGUGGAGAAGCAGUGGCUGCAACACGGCUACUCGUCCAGGUGUCUGGACGUCGAUCCGGGCAACAAGAAGGUGUACGUGAUCGCGUGCGACAAGACGUCGCCCACUCAGAAGUGGCGGAUAGAGCAGGUCAACAUGAAAGCUAUAAACAAUUGGGAAAACGUAGGACCCAAACUCAAGUAAAUCUUCCUCGUAACUGCCAUACAAUAUUUCUUAGAAAACUUGGGUGGGUUUCGCGCUUGAGUUCCUACGCGCAUAGAAAUCCGAAGAAUUCCGUUUCUUUUAUCACUCCUGGUUACUACUAGUCAUCACAAAUUUUCGAUCUUAGCGACGCUGAACUGCGCUCGGUCGUCGUGCGAUUGACAACGAACGAGCAUCGAUCGUCGUGCGAUUUCAAUGCGCGCGACCGAAGGCGCGACGGAAGUUGUUCCUCGAUUAAUCCCGGAAGACUCAGAGACAUCUUCGGACGUCUUCGUACAAGCGGAUGUGUCUAUACAUAUCGCAUAUUAAAUUAUAUCCCAUACAGCACACCAUAUCCCGCAAUUUUUGCAAUUAUACAAUUGUUGCGGUGUAAGUUGUAAGAAUGUGUUUGCUGUAUGGGGCAAGCGCUCUAUCGUGCCUUACUCUUAGCCAUACGUAGAUUAUAUGAUACGUGAUGACUUCGAUUAACGUGAUGAUUUUUUACUUUCUGCUCAAAUUAUCAUUAAAAUAGUGGACAAUUGCGUUCUCCCGACGUGUUGUUUAUCUCUCAAACAGGACUGAUGUAUACAUAUAUUUCGUUUACGUUAUAAUAUAAGUAAGUUGUUGAAAUAUGAAACACAAAGUAUUAUAUAUUCCUCUAAGAGAAAUUAUGAAAAUAUAUAUAAUUGUAUAAAAAACAAAAAAAACAAAAAAAAAGAAACAUGUCCCGCGUACAAUUUUCAACUAUUGUGUAUAUUUAUGCGAUCGUGUAUGAUAGUUUACGAUUCAUUUCCAUUAAUUUACGGAUAUAUUCUAUUUGAUUAGUAGAGCGAGAUUAGAGUAUUUUAAUCAGGAUGUAAGAGAAAGUAAGAGAGUGAGAGAGAAAUAUAGACAGAGAGAGAGAUAAAAAUUAUUAUCUUCCCAACUCUUCUCUCUCUAAUGUGCAUUAGACAAGUAACUUCAGAUAUUUUAUCUGACAAUAAACAUAAAUAUAUUAUUACAAAACAGAGCGUUGAUAUUUUUCAAUUCAAUAACGCCGUUUUAUCUUUUCGUGUACAUGUGUAUAAAUGUUUUUAUAUAUCUGUUUGAGGAAUAUUUUGCGAAAUAAAACGAGCUCACGCACACACACACACACACACUCACCUCUUGCGUUGGCGCAUUCACCGUCGGGAUGCGCCAUGCGUUGCAUAGCGGUGGGCGCGACUCCCAGAGGCAUUGAGACCUUGUGGCCCAGCA